AUGUAAUAACCUAAUGAAUAAUUUGACAUACAAAACCACUAUGAUGUCCAUCAAUAGGAACACAUGAAAAAAUUGAAGGAAAAAUUAGUUGAAUUGAAGGAAGAAAUUAUGUAAAUGCCCAAGGAUCCCGAGCUCUUCAAAAAUCAUCAGUUACCAUUAGCAAGAGUGAAGAAAAUAAUGAAAUCAGAUGAAGAUGUCAGAAUGAUUGCUUAAGAAACACCAGUUCUAUUUGCAAAAGCUUGUGAAAUUUUCAUUAUUGAAUUAACACACAGAGCAUGGUAAUUCACCGAAGAUGGCAAGAGAAGAACACUCUAAAAGACUGAUAUUGCAACAUGCAUAUACAACACAGAGAUCUUUGACUUUUUGAUGGAUAUCAUUCCUAAAGAUGAAAUUAAGUCAAAUCAAGUUCCUAUCAAAAAACCAUAAGGCCAAGAUGGAUACUUCUCUAAUGUUAGUCAGCAUCUUAUACAAUAAGUAUAAAUGAGUCAGUAGAGACAAGGACAACAGUUUCCAUUAACUAAUUUCAGUCAAUAUUUGGGCAGUGGCUAAAGAUGACACAUUAUUUGAGUGUUUACCAUUAUAUUAUAUUAAAUGUUUA